CCUUGCGUCGUGAGGUCACUUCCGCUUCGCCAUGGCAACGGCAGAGGCGGCGGCCGCCAUGACGGCGCGGAGGGGCCCGGGGUGGCGGCGGGAGGUGCUGGGGCCCGGCCCGCACGCCGUGGCGCUGAGAGCCAAGCCUCCUAAAGAACGAAGAAGUGCAAAUUUUGCCUUGGCCCGCAGAGAGAAAGAACAGGAGCUCCUGGAAUACGCCGCUCUCCUAAAGCUCUACAGGCAGUGCCGCAGCGUCCACGAGUGGCAGCAACGCAGCGAGCAGAAAUGGCUGCACGGAGCUGUGCGGAGAAAGGUUGAGGCGGCGAUGCAGGAGUAUCGGGCAGGGACUGAUGACAGAAGAGAGAGGCUUCGCGAGCUUCUGGAGGCGGAGGAAAAUAAGUACUUCGCUGAGAUGGAAUCGUCUGAAGAGACUCUCCUGGAGAAGCAAGCAAAAAUGAGGGAGCGAGCAAGAUUAUUGAGAGAGGAGAGGGAGAAAGAAAGACAGCAGCUGGUGGCUGAAAAACGGGAGCAGCAAUUCAGAGAACAAUGCGAUGAGCUCCGCGUGCGGUGGGUGAAGAAGCAUCAGAAGGAAUUGUGUACGGACCGGCUGGCCCAGCUAACUCUGAAGGAGGAACUGAAAAGACAGCAGGAGGAGGAGGAGCAGAUGUUUGCAGAGCUUUGGAAGGAAGACAGGUUGGCUAAGGAAAGGCGAGAGGCGGCGGAUACGCAGAAAUUGUCCGAACAGAAUCGGGAAAUCCUGGACGUCCUCAGCGCCCAGGUAGCAGUGCUCAGUGCUCACAAAGAGGAGGCGAAGCGGCUGAAGGAAGAAGAGGCUCGACUGCUGGAAGAACAACAGCAGCUGCUUAAACGAGAAAAUGAAAAACUUCAAGUGGAGAAAUUACAGAAGCAGAAGGAAUGCAGGGAUAUGUUGCUCCGCGCAGCAGAGGACAAGAGGAAGCGGCUUAAUGAAGAAAAAGAAGGCGAGCUUGCCCUUGAGAUGAAAACCUUAGAAAAAUCUCCUUGGAAACCUGAGGAAGACCCUGAGGAGAAAAUGAAAAGAAAACAGGAGCUGUUCAAGGAGCAACAGGCUUACCGGGCACACCUGGCUCAACAGCUGGAGGAGGAAAAACAGCGAGAAAAAGAAGCGGACGAGUUCCUCGAGGAAGAGAGGGCGAAGGUUUGGGCCAAGAAGGCCGAGCAAAUGCGGUUAGAAAAGGAGGCUAGAGAGCAGCUACUGAAAGAGGUCUUGGAUACGAGACAGCUACAGAUUGAGGAGAAGAUGCAGAGAAACGCAAAGGAGCAGGAAGAACUUGCUCAAGAGAAGAAGUUACUAGCUGAAGCCAUCGCAGAACUCAAACACGUAGAGGAAGAAAAAUGUGCAAGAAAAGCGAAGGAAGCGAAAGAAUACCAAGGGCGACUCAGGGCUCAAAUUGCCUAUCAGCAACAGGCCCGUGAUGCUGAGGAAGAAGAGAAGAAGCAAGAAUACGAAUUGGGUCUAGCAGAAGAGCGAGCCUAUCAAGAAAGGGUACAGGACGUUCUGUCAAGGCCUUACGAGAAACUAGCAAAAAUUCACCCUUUGAGAAGAAAACUGAUGUCUAACCCCCAAGAAGAUCGCUUAACUAUGCCAUUUUAGCUCACUCUAGAUUGCCUUUAAAAGCCUUUUCCAGGCGUGUUUGUAACUGAUUUGCGUUUGACCCUUCUCCCCUGUGACACUCAAAAUAUUUAACUGAAUACAAGAAAUCUAUUUUUAAAUUUUUUUUUCCCCGCUCUGCUUUCUUUGACAAGAUCUAAAUCAGAGUGUCUGACGUUUUAAUACAAAACUACUCUCUGUUCUCUGCAGUAUAAUUAUUAUGAUGCCGUGAACGAUGUGCAGGCGUUAUUUAAAGUCAGAAAAAAACAAACUUUGUAGAAGAGUUUCGGCAAACUUUUAUUAAAACACCUUUCAAGCUGCAAA